ACUGUAUGUUGGUAUUAUUGCUCGUUCUUCGCGAAAUGCACGCAUUGGGACGCUCGGAUUUAGAAUGUUCUUUGAAAAUCUACGUUGAAUUAAAUGAAACUUCGUUAGUGAAUGUUAAGUUUUGUGGUCACUGUGUUCAUAAGUUACAUUUAAGUUAUUGUUCAGUGUGUAUUAGUGACUGUUUUGGUUGACCAACAAAGUUAAGAGUAGUGCGUCGAAAGUUGAAACAUGGUGCCGCUAGGACCCGGGCCAGGCCAUCCUACCGCACACCAAACACACGGCGGGCCAUCAACUAAUCUAUCCGGUCCAAAUUCGCUAUCACAAAGUUCCUCGCAGUCAAAUAAGUCUUCAGUAGCGAAGCCGAAUUACACACUUAAAUUUACUCUAGCUGGACAUACAAAGGCGGUGUCGUCUGUUAAAUUUAGUCCCAAUGGCGAAUGGCUGGCAAGUUCCUCUGCUGACAAACUGAUAAAAGUGUGGGGAGCUUAUGAUGGCAAAUUUGAGAAGACGAUAUCUGGACACAAAAUGGGCAUUAGUGAUGUAGCAUGGUCGUCAGACAGCAGGCUGAUUGUCAGUGCUAGUGAUGAUAAAACUUUAAAGGUCUGGGAACUGAGUUCUGGGAAAUGUUUAAAAACAUUAAAGGGACACAGCAAUUAUGUGUUUUGUUGUAAUUUCAACCCACAGAGUAAUCUUAUUGUUUCUGGAAGUUUUGAUGAAAGUGUGAGAAUAUGGGAUGUAAGAACAGGUAAAUGUUUAAAGACGUUACCAGCGCAUUCAGAUCCAGUCUCAGCGGUGCAUUUUAAUAGAGACGGAAGCCUUAUUGUCUCGUCAAGUUAUGAUGGUUUAUGUCGAAUCUGGGAUACGGCGUCCGGUCAGUGCCUUAAAACUCUUAUAGACGACGACAAUCCGCCAGUUUCCUUUGUUAAAUUUUCACCCAACGGUAAAUACAUUUUGGCAGCGACACUCGAUAACACACUGAAGCUCUGGGAUUACAGUAGAGGGAAAUGUUUGAAAACAUAUACUGGCCACAAGAAUGAAAAGUACUGUAUUUUUGCAAACUUUAGCGUUACUGGUGGAAAGUGGAUAGUAUCAGGAUCAGAAGACAACCUGGUGUACAUAUGGAACUUGCAGUCCAAAGAGAUAGUUCAGCGGCUGUCGGGACACACCGACACAGUGCUGUGCACGGCGUGUCAUCCCACCGAGAACAUCAUCGCAUCUGCUGCACUAGAAAAUGACAAAACCAUAAAGCUUUGGAAGAGCGACACGUAAUUUUUAAUUGGAAAACGCACAGACAGCGACUUAUAAAUUGUGGCUUCAUAUUGAGAGCCUGGCCUUUGGCUUGUGAAUAGUUUUAUAUGAAUAAGGUUUUACUAGUUUAUGGAGUUACGGACAAUCAGAUUUGGAGCGUAUUUCAUUUCUAUACACAUAGUCAAAACACAGAUGAAUGUAUGACUUUUCAUUUGUCAUAAGAUAUUACAUAUUUUUGUAUCUAAAGUGCAAAUGAAAGAUGAUUGAAAUGUUUUAGCCAUUAUGUUUUAGUUUAUAAUGAGUUAUUAAGGAUCUUGCUUAAUAAUAACUUGUUGGAUGCAAUUAAAAAUUUAGUAGUUA